AUGAAGGCGCCUGUUUGCCAAGCGUAUUACGCACAGGGGUUUGACGAGGCCGUGUGUCACACGCAUUGUUGGCGCACGGCCGAGAACUGUGCGGAUUAUGUGCUUCCGUUAAUGAAGCCUUGGUUCAAAGUGCUGGAUGUCGGCUUUGGACCGGGUACGAUAACGUGCGGCUUGGCGGCGUACGUUCCAGAGGGGUCGGUUGUAGGUAUUGAGCCCAUGGAUGAGUUGAUUAGUAUAGCGGAGACGAAUAAGACGAAGAUGGGUGUGAAGAAUGUGGAGUUUUUGAAGGGAUCGUGCUACAGCAUUUGUUUCGAUGAUAAUACGUUCGAUUUGGUCCACGCUCACCAAGUUCUAUUACACCUGGAAGAUCCCGUCCUUGCAUUGAAAGAAAUGUUGAGGGUUGUUAAACCUGAUGGAUACGUGUGUGUGAGAGAAGCGGACCUUGACAUGAUCACCAUCUACCCGGAAGCUGCCCCGCUCAAGUUCUUUUUCACUCACUGGCGGUGCCACUCUAAGACUCAGAUGGGCCGACAGCUAAAGAAAUUGGCCAUGGACGCAGGCUUUACCAAGAUUGAUGGCUCUAUAUCCCAGUUAUUUGUAUCGAGCGAUACUGAGAGAGCGUGGUUCUACGAUUUGUACACCAACAGGGUCAAAGAUUCCAAAGAAGCGGCUGCAGCACACACGAUUGCUGUUACAGAAGAUGGAACACAAUAUAAUAGCACACACGAUUGCAAGCUCAAGGAAGACACAGAACGAAUGAAACAGAAAGUCAUUACAUGCCUCGAGGAAUUCAAGAGCAAUAAGGCCGCCUGGGCCGCUCUUCCAAACUGGCAAAUCGUUUGUCAAAAAUCGUGA